AUGAAGGCCCCUGAUUCCAUUGAAAUUGCUAAGGCUCCUUAUUUGAGCAAGUCGGUCGUGGAAGCAAAUCUCACCAAGAAGGGAGGAGGUCUUGGUUUUUGCAUGGAGUUUUUGGUCAAAAGGGGUUGUGAGGCUGCUGAAGCAAAGGAAUGGGACACAUUUAGGGCUAUCCUGGCUCUAAGUAUCUAUGGUAUCAUGAUGUUCUCGAACGUUCCUAACUUUAUUGACAUGAAUGCAAUUCAUAUGUUCAUUCUGCAGAAUCCGGUUCCUACACUUUUGGGGGAUGUUUAUCACUCCAUUCAUCACAAGAGUAGUCAGAAGGGAGGUUUGGUUAGAUUCUGUGCUCCGUUGUUAUAUCGCUGGUUCAGGUCACAUUUUCCUGAGCGUGGCGCUUUCGUUGAUAAUAGGCACACAUCUAAGUGGGCUGAGAGGAUUAUGGGGCUUAGGGCCAAAGAUAUUGUCUGGCACAACAGAUCUUUAGAUGACAUGGAAGUUAUUAUGAGUUGCGGAAAGUUCAAAAAUGUAUCUCUCAUGGGUCUUAGAGGUGGAAUCAACUAUAAUCCCGUCCUGGCUAGGAGAACAUUUGGAUAUGCUUUUAUCAGUCCCCCUAAGCAGACAGAAAUUGCUGAGAAUAUUUUCUAUCAUUCAGCCACCGACGGUGGGCUGAUGGCAGAAGCUGUACAAGCCUGGAAGAGUAUUUGUUGGAGAGAUAAGAAACAUUUUGGUCAGCGAGAUUGUGCUACUUACGAGGAUUAUACUAAGUGGGUCGAAUCUGUGGUUGUUGUUCGAGGGAUGCCCUUCCUUCCCAAAGAUCCUUUGUACCCCCCUGCUGGUGAACAACCCAACAUUGGUUCCAUGCCUCGUUAUAAUCAAACUGUGGAUCAGAAUCGGAAGUUGACUGAACAGGUGGAAACAAUGCAUGUUAAGAUGAAUACUGCUCGGCAAGAGAAGCUUUCCGCACUUCAUAAGUUGAAAAUAAGAGAAAUAGAGCUUGAAGAAUUGUAUGCUAGAGGAAGUACUUCUCAGAAAAGGCCAAGGAUGACUAUAGGUGCUAAACCUACCGAAACUCAAGAAAAGAAGCUGAAAGAACAUUAA